GUAGCGACAGCGAUUCUCGGCCAGCGGUUGCGUAACUUGCGUUCCACGGCGGACGGAGGCGCUGCCGCCGCCGCGAUGUGGCGGAUGUACCACGAGAGAGUGGUGGAUCACUACGAGAACCCGAGGAACGUCGGGUCGUUCGACAAGAACGAUCCGAACGUGGGGACGGGCCUAGUCGGGGCUCCGGCGUGCGGCGACGUCAUGAAAGUGCAGAUUAGGGUUGAUAAGGAGACCGGUAUAAUCGUCGAUGUUUGUCAAAAGGUUUUCGGCUGCGGCUCCGCCAUAGCCUCGUCCUCUGUCGUUCAUUGCAAUAGUUUAAGGUGUUCGCAGUCACGGAAUGUGAGGCUGCAUCUUUAUGAAGAUGAUGUCCAUUUGAACAACGAGACUUGUUAUUAUAAAUAUCCGAAAGAAAUUUCAUUUGACCACUUGCGCCAAUCUCGCUAUGUUGAUUUGACUGUUCUUCUCAACAAUGGCAGGGAUAUCGCAAAACAUCUGUCUCUUCCACCGGUGAAACUACACUGCAGCAUGCUUGCUGAGGAUGCACUUAAGGCAGCCGUUAAAGAUUACAUUGCAAAACGAUCAAAAUCAACUGGGAGUCCUGAGGCUACCUCAAUUGGUAAAGUUGCUGAUGCUUGA